AUGCGUUGUCGUGAGUUCAGAGGAAAUUAUCGGCAAAGAAUUGUAGUUAUCAUUUCACCAUCUAAUCCCCCCCACCCCCAAGAAAAACAAAUGUUAGCCGGUGGAGAGAGGAUAUAUAUUGUUUUUCUCGUUUUCGUCUGUUUUUUUCCCAUCGUCUCACCCUUUCUCUGCAUUACGUCGUCUAUUCUAUUUAUUCACAAAUCUCCCUUCUUCCCUCUUUAUAACCCUCUCUCCAGGUUGCUUUAUACCCUCUCUUCAUUGUUACUCUUAUUUCUUAUUCUUCUCUUAGUCUCUUUUCUCGUUUACUGGUUGCCUCAGCUUCUUUCUCCAUUGCCUAACCCUCUCUCUUCACCCAUUUAUCUUCCUUUCUCCUAUCUCUUCAAUGCUUCUCCUUCAUAUACUAUCAUCUUUGUUUCUUUUAUUGCCUUUCCAUAUUUCUUCGUUCUUUGUUUUAACAUCUAUCUUCACUGCCUAUCUACUUUUCUCCUUAGUGAACCAUUCUUUCUAUUGAAUGCCAAUUUCUUCACUGUCUCACUCCAUUUUUUCUGCUUCAUUAUCUCCCCUUUCUUUCUUUGUGUCUUUGUUCGACCUUCACUCUCUAAACUUUUCUUUUACAUUCUUUUCCAACAUUAUUUUCUUUAA